CGAAGCUACGGGUCAAUUGCUAGUUACCCUUGAAAAGACACGAUACCGUUUCCAGCAAAGAUCACAAAAAAAAUCACUGGGACAAGUAAGAAUAUCCCCUACUGCUACUCGAAGUAAAAACUUUUCCAUUGUUGAAGGGAAAAACACAAACUUUACAAGAGAUGUUCGCGAAGGAGAAAAUCUUGUAUUAUCUGGUGAAAAAUAUAAUGUUUUGGAGAUAAUUAAUGAUACAACCUUAAAGAUUUCUAAAUAUUUUCAAUCUGCAAGUAAUGAAUGGAUGGAAUUUAGAAUUGAGCCAAAAACAUGCCUCAACGGUCUUAUCGAUGCUUAUAGAUUAAUGUUUGAAAAAUAUUCGGUUGACAGUAGUAUUGAUACGGAACAAACUCGGCCUCUAAGUUUAUUAAUCGCUUUAGAUAUACAAGAUGACGAAAAAGUUGAAGAUUAUAAGGAAAAAUUUGAAGAUUAUAUUUUUGAAAUGUUUGAAGAACUAAAACGAUCAACGAAAAAACCAGCUACUUCUCUAAAAAAGUUUACGAAAUCUGUUACUACUUUCAAUAAUCUCAAUAUCGUUGAUCCCGAAUUUCAACAAGAAAACACCACUGAAUAUCAACUCGGAGAAUGGAUAAUUCAAUUAUCAGUUUUACUUCCAAUUCAAAUCGCUGUUGCACGCAAUAAUUUGUUCACACCAUUAAGAGAUGGUUUAUCAUCAGAAGUUGAACAAGCAGACCUUGAAGAUGGAUAUGCCAGGCAUGUUGAUGCAAUUGCACAAAAUAUAAGUUUCGGAUGGUACGAAGGUAUAUUUAAACAUUUUGGAAAUCGUCAAGUUAAAGUAGUUAGUUCAAUGGGAGAACAAAGUUGUGGAAAAUCUUAUAUGUUAAAUCAUUUGGUUGGAACCACAUUUGAUGGUUCUGCUAUGCGAUGUACUGAAGGAGUAUGGAUGUCAUUAGUUAUUACUAAAAAAUUCUUAUACGUUGCUCUGGAUUUCGAGGGACUUAAAUCUCUUGAACGAACACCUCAAGAAGGCAC